UCUGUUCUCUCCUCUCAGCCUCCCGGACGCCUGGGUUCUUUCAAAGCCUUCACGAGGUCAGCAGCUCUUGUGCCCAGGAUGGAUUUUGCCACCCUAGGGGGGCAGGAGAUGACCCCCCAUUUCCUGGAGCCUCCCCUCCUGCCACCGGCCGAUGAAUCCGCGGUCUUCUUCCACGGAGCCGAGGGCGGGGACCCUGACACGCUCGCUACCUACUUCUCCCGGACGCCGGAGUCCUACCGCAACAUGCCGGCACGCCCCAUGUACCCCCUCCUCAACGGGCUGCAGUGGGUGGACGGGCACCCCUACGCCGCGGCCGGCUGGACCCCCGUCUCCUACAGCAAGCCCCAGGCCGGGGUCCCCCUCUAUCCGGCUCCCCCCUCCUCCUCUUCCUACAGCCCCCCCUCGCCCAAGGAGCAGCCCCCUGAGGACAAGGGCAGCCCCAAGUUCCUGGAGAUGCUGAAGACGGAGCCGAUGAGCCCCUCCACCACCGAGCUGCUGACAUUGGGGUCCCCUUCCGGGGCCCCCCACCCCACCUACACCGGGACCCCGGAGUUCGGGUUCUACCAGCCCAGCGGGAGCCCCCUGACAGCUGGGUACUCCCCCAAACUCAGGGGGCCACUGCAGCUGUCCCCAUGCGAGGCGCGGGAGUGCGUGAACUGCGGGGCUACGGCCACCCCCCUGUGGCGCCGGGACGGCACCGGGCACUACCUGUGUAAUGCCUGCGGGCUCUACCACAAGAUGAACGGGCAAAACCGGCCCCUUAUCCGGCCCAAGAAACGCCUGAUCGUCAGCAAGCGAGCGGGCACCCAGUGCAGCAACUGUCAGACGACCACCACCACCCUAUGGCGCCGGAACAGCAGCGGGGAGCCCGUCUGCAACGCCUGCGGCCUCUACUACAAACUGCACAACGUCAAUCGCCCCCUGACGAUGCGGAAAGACGGAAUCCAGACCCGCAACCGCAAAGUCUCCGGCAAGGGCAAGAAACGCCGAGGGGCGGCUCCGGGUGAGGGGGGGGCUGGGCCCCCCACCCCACUCGAACUGCUCUCCCCCCUGGGCGAGGACUCUGCCUCCCUCUACGCCCUGAGCCCGAUGGUCCUGUCCAGCCACCUGCUCCCCUUCUCCGCCUCCACUCACCUCCUCGGGCCCCCCCCAGCCGCCUACCACCCCCCCCACGCCUCCCCAGGGGCAGGCGCCUCGCUGGGGUGAUGGGGACCCCUCGCAGAAGGAGGCUGAGCUGGAAAGGGGGGGGAGCUGGGUGAAUAUUGGGGUACAGCUGUUGGGGGAGUUACCCCACUCAGCCACGGAGUCGGGGAUUGGGACAGAGGGGGCCGAGGGUACAGGGGGAUUUGCCUCACCUCAGCAGCCACAAGGAUUGGGGGGCUCCCCCUAGAAAGGGGGCCACCCCCCAUGGGCCUCCCUGAGCUCUGUCUGGGCACACACCCCCCAUCUGUCCCAUCCCCCCC